AUGGGCUCUGUAUCGCUCAAAAUCGGCGAUGGAACAGCAAGAUUCAAGAGCGCCACCGUCUGUUCGUCGGCUGUACAUAUUCUCAUGUUAUUUUCAGUCUUAACCACAAAUCUGUUUGCCUUAUACGCCUUCACAUACUCCCCAAAACCCCAUCACCAGAUUCACUUCCUUAGUCACCAUCAUACCCACAAGAACAUCUCUUUAAUCUCCGAACAAGUUUCCUUAAUCCUCAGAGAGAUCGAUUCUUCCCAAAAGAAACUUGCCCAGAUGGAAAAACAGCUUCUUGGAUACGAAAGCAUUGAUCUUUCAACACCCAAUAUGCCGAACGAGUUGAAAUUGUUUCUACAAAGGAAUCAGCUUCCAUUAGGUAAAGAUUCAAGAACUGGGAUCACAGAAAUGGUGGCAUCUGUGGGACAUUCGUGUUACAAAUCCAUGGAUUUUUUGUCGCAAUACAUGAAUUACAAACCCAAUGGAGCUUGCCCUGAUGAUUGGAGUCUUUCUCAGAAGCUUAUUUUGAAAGGAUGCGAGCCUUUACCUCGAAGAAGAUGCUUCGCGAAAACAAUCCCCAAGGUUGGUCUUCACCCUUUUCCACUUUCACUUUGGCGAAAUGUUAGCGAAAAGAUUUACAGUUGGAGUGGCUUAGGUUGCAAGAAUCUCAUCUGUUUAAACAGUAAGAAACUAAAUCGCGAUUGUGCUGGAUGUUUUGAUCUCGCUAAUGGAAAUGAGAAUCAAAGAUUUGUAAAAUCAAGAGGUAAAAACGAUUUCUUGAUUGACGAUGUUUUAGCUUUAGGAAGCGGUGGAAUUAGAAUCGGAUUUGAUAUCGGCGGUGGAUCUGGUACUUUUGCCGCUAGAAUGGCGGAGAAAAACGUCACAGUCGUCACUGCAACUCUCAACAUCGAUGCCCCUUUCAACGAAUUCAUAGCUGCAAGAGGAAUUUUUCCUCUGUAUCUAAGUUUAGACCACAGAUUCCCAUUUUACGAAAACGUUUUUGACUUGAUUCAUGUCGGAAAUGGUUUAGACAUUGGUGGACGAUCUGAAAAGCUCGAGUUCUUGAUGUUUGACAUUGAUCGGAUCAUUAGGGGUGGUGGGUUGUUUUGGUUGGAUAAUUUUCUCUGUUCUAAUGAUGAAAAGAGAAAGAAUUUGACCCGAUUGAUUGAAAGAUUUGGGUAUAAGAAACUGAAAUGGGUUGUGGGAGAGAAGAUCAAUGGUUCAGGGAAUUCAGAGGUUUACUUAUCUGCUGUUCUUCAGAAGCCAGUAAGAGUUUGA